AAGUCCGAGGAACAACAUGUGUUGGGUUUGUUUACGUGCAGAACUCUAGAACAAAAUAGUUUUUAACUAGACGCUGGAAUUAUCGGAGAGAAAUGGCAGGACGUGGUCGAGGAAGGCUUGGUUCUUCUUUGACUCAAGAGCAGCUGCAAGUUUUAGGAUGCGUAGGGAAGGAUAUUCCAUCAGUGCCAACUGCUCCACCUCCGACAUUUCCUCCUUUACUGUCGAAGCCUGUACCAUUGGAGAACUCGACAGUUCAGGACUAUAUGACUUUGUGGAAGGAAGACUUCCUGACUCAGAUGCGAGAUUCGCCUUAUCACCUAGAGCCAGCGGUUCACAACAAUAGCAACAUACAAAGAUAUUCAGACCAGUUUGUGAACGUCCUGGAAAACAGCAAGCAAAAAUCAAAGGUAGAGAUCCCAUGGCACUUGAUGCCCGCAGAACUAAGGCCGAACUGGAAACGUCGGAAAGUGGCCACAGCACCGACUCUGCCGAAAAAGAAGAAAGAAAACUUGAUCGAGGAUCGGUUGAAGGUGCUCGAGCAAAAAGAGAAAAUCGACGAGAAUCCAGAGAAGCAAGCAGUUCACGGAAGCGAUUCAGAAGAGGAGAAGGAAGAAGAGGAGCCUGAAAUUGACGAGGACGACGAGAUGGACGAAGAGAAUGACUACGGUAACAACUAUUUCGACAAUGGGGAAGCUUUCAAUGAAGAGGACGAUAAUCUGGACGAUGGUCCUAUUUAUUAGUUGUGAUAGAAAUAAACAAUUUGGAAUUGUGGCGAA